AUACCAUAAAAUCAAAACUAAUGAAACAUUAUGCUGAACGUGCUCUGUGAAAAAAUAUGGUUCCUCUCGCUUGUAAGCAGUAAUUGAAUUUUCUAAAAGUUGCUGAAAAAUCGUCUGUAUCAACGCGAACAUUUUACAAAUUACGUGGAGCAAAUAUCAAAAUUUAUUGCAAUAGUUGAAGAAAAACAUACUGAAUUAUUGUAUUUGGUGAAGUGUAUAUUAAAAAUGCGUAGAAGAAGUGAAAGAAGAAAGUCUACGGAUGUGUCUUCACCAGUUCCGACACAACGUCGUGCAGGUAGGCGCCGAAAAUCGCCUUCAAUAUCGGAAGACGAUAAAGUCACAGACGCUGGUACGGACUCGAAAUCAGAAAAUUCUAUUAAGAUGGACUUAGACCGCACAACAGAUUCCAGCGAUGAACGUAUUGAGAAUAGGCGUAGACGUAGUUCUCGCAAUAGAACUCCUGUAAAAGAGCGUUGUAGUUCUAUUAAGCGUACUCGCAAUAACCGGGCGCUAAGCCCGGAAGCAAAAAUUAAAUCUAUACCAGAAGAAGAGAAUGGAACUGUAAACACUACAGACAAUGAUGAAAGCGAAGGGAAAACAGAUAAUGAAAAAAACAGAUAUGAGAAUGAACGCAUGGAUAAAGAAAAUAUAAAAAAGGAACAAAUUUCUAACGUUCCUGUUGAUUGUGCAAAGGAAAGUGAAAAUACAGCUGAAAUUAAAGUGGAGGCAGAGAAUAUCGUUAGAACAAAUGUCCACGAAUCAGCUGAAAUAGAAAAUAAAAAACAUGAAACACCAAAUGAACAAAAUAAAGAGGAUGAUAGGGAUGAUCAAGAUGAAGUGAAACUACACACACGCGACAACACACCGCAAUCGCGAAGUAAUAGUCCGCCAGCAAAACAGUCUCCUUUGAAAGAAAAAUCGCAGAAAGAUGACGAACCCGAGGAGGGCGAAGUAAUUGAAAAGCCAGAAAUUGUUGAAAUGAAUGCUAAAGCGCAAGAGAAUCUAAAUAAGGCCGAUAAAGAAGAGGAUAAAAAUGCUAAAAAAGCUAGCCAAGAGUAUGAAGGAAGUUCUGCCAUUGAUAGGGUUAAGGAUAAGAGACCAUUUUCACGCACAUCAUCACCCAACAAAAUGGAGGAGGUAAACCACACUCAAGACGCACUCAAAACUAAUGAAACCUCUAAUGCAGCAGCUGAUACAGGUCGCACCCGCAAACGUCGUUGGAUUACAAAGAAAGCGGCUGAGAGUAAAGAACCCGUUCUGGCCAUUUCCACCGAUUCGCUGAAGACCUUGAUUGCCGACGUUCAUCCAGUGCCGUUGAGCGACGUGCAAUUAGAGUCUUCAUCGGAAGUGGAGGAAUUGGUUCAUUCAGAACGUGAGGAGGGUGAAAAGUCGCCAUCUCCAGAACCGGAACGCCGUCGUGAGGCCAGCGAUAAGGUGGAUAAAAGUUCAAAACCUUUAGCCAAAAUCCAGAAGAAUCAACAGCAAUAUAACGACAAAGUGACCGCUUUGGUUUCAGGAGCAGGUGUUGGGCCCGUCUCUGUGCAACGUUCACCUAGUCCAGCCCGUAACCAAACCAGCAGUGUUUUAUACAUUACCAAUUUAGUAAGACCCUUUACGGUACUUCAGUUAAAAGGUUUAUUAGCACGAACUGGGAAAAUUGUCGAAGAUGGCUUUUGGAUUGAUCGUAUCAAAUCUAAAUGCUAUGUUGAAUAUGAAACGGAAGAUGAAGCCAUCGAAACGAGACAUGCCUUGCAUGGCGUGCGUUGGCCUGUCUCAAAUCCAAAAUGUUUAAACGUCGAUUUUGGUUUGAAACCCGAUAUGUUAAAAGCAGUUGAAUCGACCAAAGAGGAUUGUCCAAAAUUUGGUCAGGAUACUAAUAAGGAUAAUCUUAUAAUGGGCACGGGUUGGAGUAGGGAGCGUCCUGAUGAAGAGAAAAAGGGCAACCGGCCAGUGCGCGAAUGGGAUGUUGGUAAAAAAGAGAAUCUCGACCGGGAAAAGAAUACCAAGGAUGCAGAGAAGCGUCGAGAACGUAGCAGGGAAACUGAAGGCUCAAGAUUGCGUGAGACGGAAAGGAAUGAGCGUGAGAAAGAACGUAGGCGACGUGACCGCGAGCGUGAGCCACGAAGUACAAGUUUAACACCGGUGCGCAAACAAAAGAAGAAGGAUAACGAUCCUCCUUUGAGACUAUUAGACGAUUUAUUUCGCAAAACUAAGGCCACGCCUUGUAUUUACUGGUUACCUUUAACACCAGAACAGAUUGCUGAAAAAGAAGCUUUACGACAGAAGCGCUUAGAAGAACAAAAGCAACGUCUUAAGCAAAGAGAAUUGGAGCGCGAAAAAGAGCGAGAAAAAGAACGGAAUCGUCAGAGUGAACGUGAACGGGAUCGUGACCGGGACCAUCGUCGUAAUAGAUCAAAUGAUCGUCGACGAUCACGCAGCCGUGAUAGACGUCGCUAUUAGUGAUUUUAGUGGCCUUUGCCCCCUCAUAUUAAAAUAGAAAAACCUUGUAUUAGAUUUCUUCUCAAUGCAGCAUAGAACAGCCUCACGCAAUCGUAAAAAUUUUUAUUCCGUACCAAGGAACAAAAAUUUUCUUAAAGCAAAAAUCUAAAAUGUGAUUGAACGUCAUUUAAUAUGCUCUAUCGAGCUUGUUUUCGAAAAUGAAAACUUUUCCCUUCAUAUCGCAUUAAGUGUCUGAUUAACCUUUUAAAAGAAAAAGUGGCUGGAAAUGUUUUCAUGUGAAGCCGGUUUCCAUCUGUUUAUUUGUCGUUUGCAUAAAUAUAGUGUGAACCUUCCAAAUUUCUAACUUAAAAACACAUUUUCUAAAUACUUUUUUUUUCGUUUUUUUCUUUUAUUAUUAAUUUGUCUCUAAACAACUUUUUAGCUAUUCCGUAAACAAAUACUACGACAACAACAUUUCCUUAACCGUUCGGCACGUCCUCUCAGAAAUGAACAUCAUGACAUCAUGCGUAACUGCUUAGCAAAGAAAGGGCCGGAAACUUGUCUUACAACAUCAGCAAUGUUUAUAAGCAGCACAGCGACACCAAAUACAGCAGCAAGUACAGCAGCAGCUUUUACUACUUACUGUGGAUUCAAGCGUACUAUUAAAAAAACAGAUCUAUCUUUUCAUGCAGAUCUAUCUAUAUAAAAACAAAAUCGCAUAAAAGCAAUGCUGCAGACUAAUAUGUCAAACAUGUCUGUAAAAUUCUUUCAUUCAUAACAUUUUUUUCAAAAUAGUUUUAAUAUUAUCAAAAAGAAAAAAAAAAAAAAGAUAUUGAAAAGAGUGUUAGCCAAUGAUGAAAUUUAGGAGAACAUAUUGCGACGCUUACAAUGAACGGAGAAUAAAUGAACGCAAUAAAAAAUAAUUAAUGCAAAUGAGUUAAUUCAAAUACCAUUUCACAUCCGAAGAGAAAAGUGUAAUAGUGAGGGAGCGUAGUAGUGGUUUAAGGUAUUUCCAAUGUAAAGAAUGAGAAAAUUAAUAAACCUUCAUUCACAUACAGAGAA